GUACCAGGACUGCCCUUUGCUGCCUCAGCCACACCAGAUCCCCGUUCUGCCCUGUCUGUCCUUGGCCCCAAGCCAGCAUGGGCAGUGUCAGUAGCCUCAUCUCUGGCCACAGCUUCCACGGCAAGCACUGCCGGGCUUCACGGUACAAGCUGGGCAAAUCCUCCCAUCUCAAGAAGCUCAAUCGGUAUUCAGAUGGGCUGCUGAGAUUUGGCUUCUCUCAGGACUCAGGCCAUGGCAAGUCCAGCUCCAAAAUGGGAAAGAGUGAAGACUUCUUCUACAUCAAGGUCAGCCAGAAAGCCCGGGGCUCCCACCACCCAGAUUACACUGCACUGUCUAGUGGGGACAUGGGCGGCCAGCCUGGGGUGGACUUUGGCCCGUCCACCCCACCCCAGCUUAUGCCCUUCUCCAAUCAGCUAGAAAUGGGCUCAGAGAAGGGUGCAGCGAGGCCCACAGCGUUCAAGCCGGUGCUGCCGCGGUCAGGAGCCAUCCUCCACUCGUCCCCUGAGAGCUCCAGCCACCAGCUGCACCCUGCCCCUCCAGACAGGCCCAAGGAACAGGAGCCAAAGCCCAGCCUGUGCUCUGGAGCGCUGUCUGACUCCGGCCGGAACUCCAUGUCCAGCCUGCCCACACACAGCACCAGCAGCAGCUACCAGUUGGACCCGCUGGUUAUGCCAGUGGGGCCCACCAGCCGUUUUGGGGGCUCAGCCCACAACAUUACCCAGGGCAUCAUCCUCCAGGACAGCAACAUGAUGAGCUUGAAGGCUCUGUCUUUCUCUGAUGGCGGUAGCAAGCUGGCCCACCCAAGCCAGGUGGACAAGGGUUCCUCAUGUGUGCAUUGCCCCAUCUCCACAGACGAGUGCACCAUCCAGGAGCUUGAGCAGAAGCUGCUGGGGAGAGAAGGAGAGCUGCAAAAGCUGCAGCGCAGCCUGGAGGAGAAGGAGCUGCCCUCCAGCCAGGCCUCCGAAGAGCGGCAGUGGCGCUGCAAGGAGGGGCGGGAGGGCCUGGAGCCGAAGGGCAGCAGCAAGCCGAAGCAAGCCUCCCAGAAGAGCCAGCGCACGCAGCAGGGGCUGCACCUCCAGGUGCUCCAGCUCCAGCAGGAGAAGCGGCAGCUCCGGCAGGAACUUGAGAGCCUCAUGAAGGAGCAGGACCUGCUGGAGACCAAGCUUAGGUCCUAUGAGAAGGAGAAGACCAGCUUCGCCCCCGCGCUGGAAGAGACCCAGUGGGAGGUGUGCCAGAAGUCAGGUGAAAUCUCUCUCCUGAAGCAGCAGCUGAAGGAGUCCCAGACAGAGAUCAAUGCCAAGGCUAGUGAGAUCCUCAGUCUGAAGGCGCAGCUGAAGGACACACGGGGCAAACUGGAAGGCAUGGAGCUGAAGACUCAAGAUUUGGAGAGCGCUUUGCGCACCAAGGGCCUAGAGCUAGAGGUCUGUGAGAAUGAGCUACAGCGCAAGAAAAAUGAGUCUGAGCUUCUCCGAGAGAAGGUGAACCUGCUGGAGCAGGAGCUGCUGGAGCUGCGGGCCCAGGCUGCCCUGCAACGGGAUGCUGUGUCUCUGGGGCCAGGACUGGGGCCUGGGCCAGGGACUACUUUCUCUGAGGACAUCCCCGCCCUGCAGCGGGAGUUGGAGCGGCUGCGUGCAGAGCUGAAGGAGGAGCGGCAAGGCCACGACCAGAUGUCGUCAGGCUUCCAGCAUGAGCGGCUGGUGUGGAAGGAGGAGAAAGAGAAGGUGAUCCAGUACCAGAAGCAGUUACAGCAGAGCUAUCUAGCCAUGUACCAGCGGAACCAGCGCCUGGAGAAGGCUCUGCAGCAACUGGCCCGUGGGGACAGUGCAGGGGAGCCCUUUGAAAUUGACCUUGAAGGGGCCGACAUCCCCUAUGAGGACAUCAUAGCCACUGAGAUCUGAGGGGCCUACCGGGAGAGGGAGAGCCAGGGAUCUGGCAUCGGGAGGCAGGGGUACAGAGCCUGUCACAGAGGGCUCCUGUCCCCACUCCCCUGCUCAGUAACUCAGGCCUCUGUGAGAGGCCUUCUCCAAGGCACAGACUGG